AUGUCACUACACGGCUUAGAAACGUUGCACUGCACUGCAAACGGCCAUACAUUGAGAGCUGCGACCGCGACCAUGGCGACGGCGGAUCUUGCGCCGCCCUACGACGACGGCAGCUCUACCGAGAGCGAGUACUACUUCGACCCGGCGGAGGAGGCGGAGGAGCUCGCGGCCAACGCGUGGGCACACGAACUGGACGCGCCGGUGGCUCCCAUCCAGUCAGAAGCCGACAAAGUUGUCAUUAAGCAAGAGUUUAGCGACUACAGGUCAGCGUCGGAGAAUUCCGAGGGCAUUGCACUUCCCCAGGGCAGCGAGUGGAGCCAUGGCGCGGCAAGUGCUGCUGCAUACGACGACGCAGUGGAGCGCGCGCUGGCCAUGGCCAGCCGAUUCGAGCGCGAGAUGAGCAAGGCUCAGAAAGAAGAGGCGCUGACGGCGGACACGCUGGCCGGUAAUGAGCAGGAUCACGAGCAGGAGCAGGAGCAGGAGCAGGAGCAGGAGCAGGAGCAGGAGCAGGUGGAGGAGGAUUCGCGUCCGGAGGUCCAACGGCAGAGCAAGGCGGUGGUAUGCACGGUGAGUACAAGUGCGGAGGUGAAGGUAAAGAUGAAGCCGAAGAUCGUUUCGCUGAAGAGCGUGAAAGCGCUGACACCACCUGCUUCCGUGGCGAAUCCAGUGGUUGUGGGGCUCAGAAGGCCACCGACGAAGGUGGUCGGAGCGCCGAGCGAAUUGGAGAGAGGGCUGUCAGUAGCUCGGUCGACGUGGAAAGCCACGGGCGGUCAACCGUCUAGUCAGAAGGCAAGUCCGAAAACCAGCAACACGUCACAGGCGGAAGUUUCCUCCAGUCGCUGCACAGAGCACAGCGAGCCACAAGAUAAGUCGAUAUCGACUCGAUCAACUGAAUACAGGAAGUCCCAGCCAAGACGCCAUAGCAGAUCUCCAUCGAAACAUCCAACCGAGGGUUCGAAUCGGACAGAUCGGAGCAAGUCGCAGGCGCGGCGUCGAAGUCCAAGAUCUAGACGACGUGAAGAGAACGAGAGAUCGAGAUCGCCAUAUCGAUCUACUGCUAGUCCACGAUCACGACGCCAUCGCUCUGCCACAAAGAGGAGUCCAAAGGACCCACGCGUCAGAGCUCAAGUGGGAGUGACUGCCACUCAGCACAACACGAACAAGAAACCCGCGACAUUUCGCCACUUUCAUGAUGAGUUCGAGCGAAGAGUGCACAAGUUAAAGCUUCGUGAAGCAGAUUUGAACGAGAAAGAGGCCGCAGCUCAAACUCGACGCGAAUCGAGGCAUUUUGGCAACAGAAGGAGGAGUAUUGAAGCCGAAAAGGCUCAACUGGAAGCGCAGGAUCUCGAGCGCUUCGAGAAGCUCUAUGAAUCGAUGACAGUGUCAAAGGAGGAACUCGAAUUGUACCAAACGAGGCGAGAGUUUGCCUAUCGAGUCGUCUGUUAUAAGCGGAGGCAAGCGGCACUGCAGGAACAAACUGGUGUAUUUGGAACACCUGAAGAAACUGCGGUUCAGUGGCGCCGGCUUGACGAAGAGCGUGAGCAAUUGAUUCGAGAAAACAACGACUUGUUCCACGACGUGAUGGGCCAGCAUGAGCUGGGUCGGACUUACGAAACGCGCAGCAAUACCAGCAGGCCCCGAAAACCAGAAAAGCGUCCUAGAAACUCGGACAUUCCAGACGGAGAACCAUUUUUGAAGCGGGUUAAACGAGGACUAACCGCUGCUCAUCGACAGCUUGAUGUUUCGUCAAGUUCACGUGUAGUUGUCGGCGCUUCCUUGCAACACGGGAGCGGUAGCAAUCUUCCUGCUUCACAGCCUACCAACAAGCCAUGGUUCCUGAAAGGGUGA